GAAACGAUGGACGAUGACUUUGUGGCUUCCUCCACACCCCCGUUUCUCACUGAAAGCUUGGAGAUGGCAAUGGAAGUGGAGAAUGAGAACUCAAAGCCGCCUUGUUUUUCCUGUGCUUUUGACAACCAAAAUGGAGGGAGAGGCUUCUCUACAGAGUCUUAUUUAGCAAGUGGGUCUCUUAAGAGGGUUUUGCUGAGACUAGAUCCUUCUCCAAAUGACUACGAAGAUGAUGUAGUGGAAAUGUUUGGCUUUCAGUGGGUUACUGAAAUGGCACUGGUUGAGUCCUGUGGACUUCUCUUUGGAUUACUUAGGCAACAGAUACACAGACUGGAAAACCUAGUACAAAUGAGUUCAUCUGAUUUUGGUCAAGCUGCAAACUUGCACUCUGAAGCAGAGAGCAUCAGACAGCAAUGUGUUGAGUUUUUGCGUUAUGUGAAAGUUUUCAUCUUCAGGUAUCUGGAACCCCCUAAAGUGGAAAAUGAGGAAAUGCUCCAUCCAUAUGAAGAACUAGAAGUGCAGUUACCAUCAAUGCUGGUGGAAGAGCUUCAUGCUUUGACCAUGCACAUUGGCCACCUUUGUGAACUCCCUAGCAGUGUCUUGGCAGCAUUUACUAUUCAACAUCAGGCAAAGGUCUUUCCACCAUCAUGGCAUUUACUACAUCUCCACUUGGAUAUGAAUUGGCUAAUACUGGAACUUCUUCAUGUACUAGGUGAAAAAAUGAUGAGACAAGUUGUAUAUGCUAACCGUUUCGUAAAUCUAACCGGAGAGAAUUUAACCAGUAUCAGUUUAUUUGAAACACACUGUGGAAAUCUCAUAUCUGAUUUAAUAAGCUUGUCCAUCAACAAGUAUAUAAAGGUGAGACCUUCUGAGGCUCUUACUAGUCACCAUUAUCCCUGUGCCUGCAUUAAAGAGUUAUGGAUUCUACUUAUUCAGCUGCUGGACCACAGAAAUAAAGGGUCUCACACAGAGAGUUUCUGGAGCUUGGUGAACAAAACUCUAAAGAAUAUCUUUGAACGGCCAAGUAGUUCUGAAAGGAUGUCUAGUUUUGAAACAAUUCAGUGUAAAGACCCAUUGAGUUUUAGCUGGUGGAUUAUUAGUCAUCUGGCAUCACUCUACCAGUUUGACCGUAAUGGAAAUCUAGAUGAAAAGAAGCAGAAGGAAUCCAAUUGGAAAUUUGUGGAAGAACUCCUCAAAAAAUCCAUUGAUGCUCAAACUGGUGUGUUAGAGGAAAACUUACGAAUGCAUCUUCAGUGCUGUUUGACUUUGUGUACUUUCUGGGACUUGAACCUAUCUAUUGUCACCAUACUCUGGGAUUAUUACAGCAAGAACCUGAACAGUUGCUUUACUGUUCCUUGGCUUGGUCUGAAGGGUCUGGCAAAUGUCAGUAAAACUUCUUUGUCAAUGCUUGAGUUGGUGAAAAGUUGCUGUUGUGAACAGCAGAUCCCCGCCCUGUACGAGUCCAGCAAUAGUUACUUCAUUUUUCUCAGCAUUUUGGCAUGGAUGAUGAAAGAAGGAGAGAAGAGUGGCGUGCGCCCUUGGAAACAAAUUAAAGGACGAAUUUAUUCCAAGUUCCAUCGGAGAAGAAUGCAGGAGCUGACAGAAGUGGGGCUGCAGAACUUUUUUAACCUGUUCCUCUUGCUGGCAAUUGUUGCAGAGACAGAAGAUAUAGUGAGUCGAGUGUUGGAUCUUUUGGAUUUCCUGACUCCAUCCUCCAUCACUGUGUCUCGGAGAGCUCUCAUCUGGAGAGGUCAUUUUGCCUUCCUUUUAAUUUAUGUUGAGAAGAACAUGGACAUUAGUGUCCUAGCUGAGAAACUCUCAAAUGCUUUCAGUGAGAAGGCAAAGGAGUUUUUAGUAACCAAAAAUGACUACAUACAGAAACAAAAUCUCUGGACUCUACUUUCAACCUACAUUGAUGGUGUCCAAGAAGUGUUUGAGACCAGCUGCUAUUUGAGCCUUUCUGAGGAAAAGUUGCUCAAUGAUGGCUUUACUAUGCUGCUGCCUGCUUGUCGAGGAGCUGAACUGAGUAUGGUCCUAAAUUUUCUUCAGGUUGUUAUAGCCAGACUUCG